CGCUGCCGCUGAGGACGCUGGCGGUUUGUGAGGCAGUUGGGCCAUGUCUGAGGGAGCUGGGGCGCCGUCUCCGCACAGAACCAUGAAGUUGAAAGAGGCAAAAUCAAGGCCAAAGCCACCAAACUAUGGCAAAUUCCGAACAAAGGGAAUCAAAGUUGUGGGGAAAUGGAAGCAGGUGAAGAUUGACCCAAAUAUGUUUGCAGAUGGACAGAUGGAUGACUUGGUGUGCUUUGAGGAACUGACAGAUUAUCAGUUGGUCUCCUCUGCCAAGAAUUCCUCCAGUCUCUUCUCAAAGGAUGAGCCCAAGAAAAGAAAGGUACAAGCUGUUUCAGAAGAAGAGGAAGGAGAGUCUAGCUCCCCAAAGAAAAAGAUCAAGUUGAAGAAGAAUAAAGAUGUGGCAUCUGAAGGAACUAGUAUCCAGAAAAAGUUUGAAAUCAAAGAUGCUGAGCCAGAGUCCCAGGGAGAUGGCACCAUUAUUCCUGAUCCAGAGGUAGAGGAGGUGGCAUCAGAAAACCUGGCCCAUAGUGUUCCAAAAAAGAAGAAAAAGAAAGGGAAGAAAAAGUUGGAGCCUUCCCAGAGCACUACUGCUAAGGUGCCCAAACAGGCAAAGACAUGGAUGCCAGAAGUUAGUGACCAGAAGGCAGACGUAUCAGCUUGGAAAGACCUGUUUGUGCCCAAGCCUGUUCUCCGAGCACUCAGCUUUCUAGGUUUCUCUGCACCUACACCAAUCCAAGCCCUGACCUUAGCACCUGCCAUCCGUGAUAAGCUGGACAUCCUUGGGGCUGCUGAGACAGGAAGUGGGAAAACUCUUGCCUUUGCCAUCCCAGUCAUUCAUGCAGUGUUGCAGUGGCAGAAGAGGGAGCCUGUUCAAAGUAACACUGAAGCACCACCUGGACAGACCAAGACUGAGGCCAGAGCUGAGACUAAAUCAUCAAGCAAGGCUGGAAAUGAGUCUGGAGUGUUGCCUGAUGAGACUGGAAUUGAGAGUGAAACACUGCCCACUGAGGCUGGAGCUGAGUCUGGGGUGCUGCUCAACAAGGUCAGAGCCAAGACAGUAGGCACCGUCUCAGACCAGGCACUACUCUUCUGUGAUGAUGAUGCUGGUGAAGGGCCUUCUUCCCUGAUCAACGAGAACCCUGUCCCCGAACAAAAUGAGGAUGAAGAAGAAAAGCUUGACAAAGAGCAUACUGAAAAGUUAAAACAAGAGUCAGAUGGCAAAAAUGCCAUCUAUAAAGCAUAUCCAAAGCAUCCUCUGCUUGGACUUGUUCUGACUCCUACUCGAGAACUGGCUGUCCAGGUCAGACAACACAUUGAUGCUGUGGCCAAGUUCACAGGAAUUAAAACUGCUAUUUUGGUUGGUGGAAUGUCCACACAGAAACAGCAGAGAAUGCUGAAGCGCUGUCCUGAGAUUGUGAUUGCCACCCCAGGCCGGCUGUGGGAACUAGUUAAAGAAAAACACCCUCAUUUGAGCAAUCUUCGGCAGCUCAGGUGUCUAGUAAUAGAUGAGGCUGACCGGAUGGUUGAGAAAGGCCAUUUUGCUGAGCUCUCACAGCUGCUAGAAAUGCUCAACGACUCCCAAUACAACCCAAAGAGACAAACACUUGUUUUUUCUGCUACACUAACCCUAAUUCAUCAAGUUCCUGCUCGAAUCCUUCAUAAGAAACAUACAAAGAAAAUGGACAAAACUGCCAAACUUGACCUCCUCAUGCAGAAGAUUGGCAUGAGAAGCAAACCCAAGGUCAUUGAUCUCACAAGGAAGGAGGCCACAGUGGAGACACUAACAGAGACCAAGAUUCAUUGUGAGACUGAUGAGAAAGACUUUUACCUGUACUACUUCCUGAUGCAGUAUCCAGGCCGCAGCUUAGUGUUUGCCAACAGUAUCUCUUGCAUCAAACGCCUCUCUGGGCUCCUCAAAGUUCUGGAUAUCAUGCCACUGACCCUGCAUGCCUGUAUGCAUCAGAAGCAGAGGCUCAGAAACCUGGAGCAAUUUGCUCAUCUGGAAGACUGUGUUCUCUUGGCAACAGAUGUGGCAGCUCGGGGUCUGGAUAUUCCUAAAGUGCAGCAUGUAAUUCAUUACCAGGUCCCUCGCACCUCAGAGAUUUAUGUCCACCGAAGUGGUCGAACUGCUCGAGCCACCAAUGAAGGCCUCAGCCUGAUGCUGAUUGGACCUGAGGAUGUGAUUAACUUUAAGAAGAUUUAUAAAACCCUCAAGAAAGAUGAGGACAUCCCACUGUUCCCCGUGCAGGCAAAGUACAUGGAUGCAGUCAAGGAGCGAAUCCGUUUAGCUCGACAGAUUGAGAAAGCCGAAUAUCGGAACUUUCAGGCUUGUCUGCACAACUCAUGGAUAGAGCAAGCAGCAGCUGCCCUUGAGAUUGAGCUAGAAGAAGAGAUGUAUAAGGGAGGAAAAGCUGACCAGCAGGAAGAGCGUCGCAGACAGAAGCAGAUGAAGGUCCUUAAGAAGGAGCUGCGCCAUCUGCUCUCCCAGCCGCUGUUUACAGAAGGCCUGAAAACCAAGUAUCCAACUCAGUCUGGCAAGCUGCCCCUGCUUGUGUCUGCCCCGAGGAAUGGCAAAUCAGCUUUGAGCUGCCUGUCCAAGCAGAAGAUGAUGAUAAAGAAUCCAAAAGAACAGCAGCAGGAACAGCCACAGCCAAGUACAAGUGCAAAUUAACUGCCUCAGUCAGGUGUGUUGCUGACUGCACAGUGGUGUCUGUUCUCUGGUUAAACAUGAAAACCUCCUUUCCACUGUGUGUUUCACUCCCACCAUCAGCCCCAGUUAUAAAAAUCUCCCUCUUCCUCCCAUCGCGGGAGAGACCUCAUGCAGAUGUACAUUGUUUUGGAUGAAGAAUGCUGUGCAGCGGCGUAAUAUUCAUGUAUUCCAGUGUUCACAGGCUUCUUGUGUGUUUACCUUGAUUUCUUAAAUUAAAAACAAAUCAUCAGA